ACCACAAGCAGCUUGUUGGAGAGAAAUUUCAAAAUUAAAGCUCCUGCUACCAUACAGCUAUGAUUUCGAUUGUAGGCCUCUCAGGAUUUUGGAUACUCGCACUGCUGACCCUCCAUGGUGCAGAUGUGGGAGAGACCAAGAAAAACUCUCUGAAUGAGCCUGACGUGCCUUUCCCGCCUGCAUGUCCCACAGCGGAGAACCUUGCUGCCGUCUGCCUCCAGGGUCAGGGUCGUCCCAGAUACCUGUCCAGCUUCUUCCCAAAGUCCGGGGUCAGUCACUUCCGUCGCCGUGGAAACUCCAUCAACCGUAUGGAGUCGUGGUUCAGUCUGUGCUGCAGAGGACAGGAGGACCAGAUCCUCUGCUGCACACAACAAGCUUGGAAACAAGCCCUGUCCCAGUUCUGUACUGAAGAGUCUUCCACCAUGACUAGGGCAUAUGUGUGCUGUGCGGACACAGGAGAGGCUCGCUGGACGUGCUUCAACGAGGAGCUGCCAAACCCAAACUAUGAUCCAACCCCAGGCUACACUGCACCCCCGGUCCCUGAGGAGGCAGGAUUCACCUUUGAUGCAAAUGCUUGCUAAGGGAUAAUCAACAUAACAUAUACAGUAUUAAAGAAAACAAAAAACACCCAUUGUAUAACUUUUAGGGGGUAAGAAAAAUAAAAAAAUGGUACAAGAUAAUAAUAAGAGGUAUAAUGCGAUGUAUCCUGCCGUUCUUAUCAGAGAGGAGGACAGGGCCUGGUUGUGUUCAUGCUGAGUAAGGGUGAUAACAGCUGAAGUAUUAUUGUAUCUCUGUAUUUACCCAUGCUUUGUCACAACAACAAGAAAAUGUUUUUUUGAAUUGCACUCUCUGCACAUUUUCACAGUUAACACUCAAAUAAGACAGUUUCUGACAUGUAAUGUUGUAUUAGAGAAAUAAAGGAUGAAAUGAAGACAGAAAA